AUGUCGAUAACCCCAAGAGAUGAUAGACACUAUACCCGUUCCCUCCUCAGAUCACCACCGUCUGCCGAAUCCCAAGCUAUCUCGCACACCAUCACCACCCUCCAGCUUCAAUCCCACAUUGAAGGUGGCUAUUUCCAUGAGACAGACCGCGACCCACUCCUUGUGCCCAACCCGUUCAAAAACCUUCCGCUGUUGACCAACGCCACGUCUAGGGACACAUCGGAUACCAGGAACGCGUCGACGACAAUCUACUAUCUCCUGAGUCCAAAGAGUCCCGUGGGACGGUUCCAUCGCAAUAGGGGCCGGACAGUGCACACCUUGCACUGGGGUCGAGGGCGCUAUGUCAUCUUGCAUUUCGAUCAGAAGGAUUCCUCCAACGGCGAAAUUCCCGUCGAGACCUUCGUUGUGGGGAAGGACAUUGAGAAGGGAGAAAAAGUCCAAUGGAUUGUUGAGGGUGGGAAGUUCAAGGCGAGCUUUCUGCUCCCCGACGACGAGGGGGGUGACAGCAGUGAACAGGGCUUGCUGAUCAGCGAGACUGUUGUUCCGGGGUUCGAAUACGCCGACCACGACUUCAUGACUGCAGAGCGAAUGGCGGAGGCUUUAGGUAAGGAAUCUAGGGAAGAAUUGCAGUGGCUGUUGAACACGGACGAACAGCGCCGGCUGCCGGGCGUGCUUGAGACGAUGGGCAAAAAGUAG